AAGAAGAGACAAACUGAAUCAGUCGAGGACAUAAGACGUGAAAUUUCAGCAUUUCAGUUUCCGAGUUCUGACUGAGGGACUUACAAGAGAUAUGUUCUCGUACCGACGCUGUGAGAGUUCGACGCGGCUGGACGGCAAGGUGGCCAUCAUCACUGGCGCCAACUGCGGCAUCGGGAAGUUCACGGCACUCGACUUUGUGCGCCGAGGUGCUCGGGUCAUCAUCGCAUGUCGGGACCUGAAUAAGGCCGAAGAAGCUGCUAACCACAUCCGACGUGACACAGAGGAUGUGGAAGGAGCAGGUCACGUCGUAGUAGUGUCACUUGACCUGGCCUCGCUGGCCUCAGUACGGCAGUGCGCCCAGCACCUCCUGCGGACUGAGCGCGCCAUUAACAUUCUGGUCAACAAUGCCGGUGUGUGUUACUCUCCCAAAGCCUACACGAAGAAUGGCUUUGAGAUGCACAUCGGUGUGAACCAUCUAGGUCACUUCCUGUUUACUUGUCUUCUGUUGCCCCGCAUCAUUCGCUCCGCUCCCGCUAGGAUCGUCACUGUCUCCUCUUAUAAGAACUGUUUAGCGGAAGGGAUCUGUCUCAAUGACCUGCACUGGGAGAGGCGGAAAUACAGUGCCUUUGACGCUUAUUCCGAAUCCAAGCUGGCCAACGUUCUGUUCAGUGUGGAGCUCGCCAGAAGACUCAAGGGUAUGGGAGUCACCACGUACGCGGUCCAUCCUGGUGUCGUGGCCACAGAGGCGGCGCGCUAUGCCAGCCACUCGUUCUUCUCGGGAGCUCAGUGGCUCUUCGAAAAUGUACUGGUGUACUUCAUCAAGACCCCAGAGCAAGGAGCGCAGACAACGAUUUACUGUGCCGUGUCCAAUGAGGCGGGAGGGGAAACGGGACUCUAUUACAGGGACUGCAAGAAGGGGCGCCCAAAUCCGUUGGCUUUCAACGAAAGGCUAGCAGCCGACCUGUGGGACAAGAGCGCCAAACUGGUGGGUUUGGGAGCUUGGGAUCCAUUUACUGCCUUGGACACAACAUCCGGGAUUAUCGAUGAAGACUCCAGACUCUCAAGACAACUAUGAAGAUACCGUUGACAUCGAGCUUUAUAGGGUACAAGGAAAAAACUUUUGGGGCCAAAGCAUCAAGCCACAGUAAUCUCAGUAUUGUAUAUAUAUAUUACUGUAUGUAAAGUAAUGUAUUUUAAAAGGUUUUACAUGGAAUGGUAAAUUUUCGGAUGCCGAAUGUUUCGUUCUUGGAAAGCUUCAAUCCAUUGGCACCAAUAAGAGCACAGAGUGUCUCAAAAUGAGGAGACAUUUGAC